AUCUAUUCAGCAAAACUUCCUGAAGAAUGUCCAUGGAGUCUCUUUGUGAUAUGAGUAAUGAACUUAACCAUGAUGUUAACAUAGAAACCAGUGACUGGUUCAACCAGACUAGAAGUUCUAUUUAUAACUAUAUAGUUUCCCCCCUCGCCUUCCAGUGUCGGCCAAAACCUUUUUUUAUCUUAACCAUACCCUCUGCUCGACGAAUCGCUGUAUGAUUCAGCAAGCGUCAAAUACUUUGUUCUUGCCUUUCACCCAUCCAUGCUUGCCUGACUUAAACCUAUAUGAUCCUGGACCAUUUACCUUAAUUUUGGAAUUAAGUUACGGACGACCGGUCCGCCUAUUGGGAUUGUUUUGGUUUGUUUUCUUGCUGUUAAACGACUCAUCUCGCUCCGUCCCGAUGUAUUUCUUAUUUACGGACUGCUUCUCGGUGAACCACAGUGAGAAAGACCCAGCCAUAGACAGUAGAUGGACGUUACCUCGGAUGAAGAGCUAUGACAGAGCCGUCUUUGACAUGCUCAGAGUCCAACCUGAGGAGUUUGCGACUCAAAUCACUUUGUUGGAUAUACCAGCAUUCAAAGCAAUCACAUCAGAGGAGCUUAGUAGCUGCGCAUGGUCAGGAAAGUCCAAGAAUACCCUUUGUCCAAACAUUGUUGCCUUCUCAAAAAGAUUUAAUCAGGUGAGUUUCUGGGUCGUCCAUGAAGUCCUCAUCACACAGAUGACCAAGGCCAGAGCAGAGGUCAUAGGUCAUUUCAUCAAAGUAGCAAAGAAACUGUUUGAUAUCAACAACCUUCAUGCGACGAUGGCGAUCAUCUCAGCGUUACACAGUGCAUCAAUCUUUAGGUUAACCAAAACAUGGAAUGUAACUGGUUCAUAAAAAGAAAGAGCAACGUGUGAGAAGCUCUCUGAGCUGAUGACAGAAGAUGAUAACAGACAGAGGUUAAGAGAAUACAUGGAUGUAGUCAGGUUACCUUGUAUACCAUACCUUGGAAUGUAUCUACAAGAUCUGAUCUACAUCGAUGUCGCGCAUCCGAGUACAGGGGGCAUUGAAAGUAAUAGUAGAUCGACAAAAAUGAACAACAUCUUGAGAGCAAUAUCCGAGUUCCAACAGUCACAGUACGACUUAGAAAACUUGCCAUACGUCCAGAAGUACCUUCUCUCAGUGAGGUAUAUUGAAGAGCUGCAGAAGUUUGUGGAGGAAGACAACUACAAACUUUCAUUACAACUGGAACCUACAGUGCUAUCAAAGUCAAAAGACGACCUUGACCAAACAGAAGUCCAGACGGUAUCCCUUUUUUGUACUCCUCCUGUUCUCAAUCUAUCUAAUUCAUCAGACAGCGGAGGAGGAGGAGGUGUGAAGACGAGUUCGAUAGGCAAGUCAACCCCAUCCACGCCAGUCAUCUCAUCAAAGUUUGUACCCGGCCAUCGGAAAACAAAAAGCUUAGGCGCAAAUGUUCCGAACCACUUAGCACCUGCAGAACCUCUUAGCUUUCCCAACACAAAUUUUGGCAAUGGUCCCAGACACCUCCUGGACGACAGUCUGCUAGAGGAGACGACGUCAUCGAUAAGACCCUCCGUAUCAAGCUCAAUAGAAGGUAAAUCAAUGGAAGGAAGCAGUGAAGGGUCAGAGUUCAGUGAUGACCAGGAUGUGUGGUUAAAUAACGGGAGUGUUACGGAGAGCUGUGAGGAUCUAGUUUCCAGUAUCAUCGACAUCCCUCAGAACUUAUUUACAUUAAAUGCCUGCCUGAAGAGGAAACCGAUCAGGAAAGCCGGCCGCAAGCUAUCGGUGACGUCUUGGACGAGAUUCUGGGUGGGUCUGUGGGGCACCAACCUAGUCCACUACGCAGCCAAGUCCUUCAACUCAAUAGAGAGAGCACAUUUCAAAUCCAAGCCUUGCAAGGUGUUUUCCAUCUCAGACUGGAUGGUUUCCAUGCCCGAAACCAAACACAGUAACGUCAUAUUAUUAACAGAUCCAAAUACAGGUAACAGCUACAAGUACAAAGCACAGAGCUACUCGGUGGCUUGUGCGUGGGUCAGGAAUCUUGACGAAGCUACAAAGAAAAAGAGAGGACCAAAGACGCCUGCUAACCUGAUGAGCUUUGAGUGAUUCUCUAAUCGUGACUGGUCCGUGACGUCAACAUGCGACGGCUCGUUUAUCGUCAUGACAACCAACCUAUGGUGCUUCC